GGGAUGAUGGUAGGAAGCACGUUACGUGCGAACAUAGCUUGUUUCCUGACCAUAUACAGUUUAGGUGUCUGUGUGCGAGAGGCGGAUGUGUGUGUGUGUAUGUGUGUGAGUUAGGAAGGUGUAUACUGGGGAGAACGGGAAGUGUAUAUAUGCCAGUGUGGUAGAGGGAGAGAGAGAGAGAGGGGGAGAGAGAGAGAAGGGGAAAGUCACAUUGAAUGCUGGGCCGGCGUGCCGCAUUAUCUCGGCAAGAAACAACAUCAGUUAUCCUACUGUAUUCCAAGACAUUUAGCGGCAAUAAACCGGCGGCAAGCGAGGGAACGAAUUAACGAGACGGCCCGAAAACGGCACUUGUGUAACUUGUGAGGUGUAGUCAGACCUACCAUCUGAGCAGUGCAGAUUUCGAGUGGAUUUGGCCAAGUUGUUGUCAGUUAUACGCUCGUUAUACUGGAGGGCCCGUUGUGUCUUAGGACGUUGCAGCAAACAGUACACAAUGCAGGCUCCUGAUGCAGUGUACACAUGAGACAGUAUGCUACUAGAUUUAGCCCAGACAAUGAGUGUCUGCGACAAUCGCAUGCAUUUGGCAGCACCUUUCAUUACUUAUUUGCACAUCAUUAGACACACAAUUCCAGGGCACAUAUAAGUAAAAACUUAGAAGGCCUGGGAGCACAUAAACUACCUUUAACUGGCAAAGCUAUAAGUUAAAAACACUUGAAGUAGGAGGCUGGCUUUUUGUUUACGUUUAAACUGUCUUGAUAGGAUGCGGUCACAUGCAAGUGGUUGAACUCGCUCUCCACUUAAACCCCUCGUAGUGGCACUCUUGAAAUUUGAUACCAUUGCCUUAUAGUGUUUAUAGUGACGCAGAGUGUCUGACAGUCAGAUCCUGCAAAUCAAGGUCUCUGCUUUACCCACGUUAUGCUGGGAGCGCUUUCCCCAUUUAAAACAAGACCCCUCAUCGCUUUUUGAGCCACGCUGUUUUCUUAUUUUCGCGUCUGCAUUUAUGUACAGUGUGUUUGCAUAUAUGUUUUAAAAGUCCAGAAAUAGUUGCGACUAUAUAAGGUCAGUUUUGCUUAACCAUUAUUUCAUUCAAAGGUGUCGCUUUUGCUGAUAUUUUGUCAGAGCGAGGAGCCAGCACUGACGCUGGGUGCAGUUCCACAGGUGUGACAGCCUUCCUCACUACGCCCAAGAGCCCAUUCUUCAUGUGGAAACUUAAACCGCUUCUCUGCAGAAUGUCAGCAAAGGAUCGACACAUUGAUUCGAGCUGCUCAUCAUACAUUAAGACAGAGCCGUCCAGCCCUGCCUCACUGACAGACAGUAUCAAUCAUCACAGUCCAGGUGGCUCGUCGGACGCCAGUGGGAGCUACAGCUCCACUAUGAAUGGACAUCAGAAUGGCCUGGACUCACCCCCGCUCUACACCACCACCACCCUGGGUACCAACGGCAGCUCCCGUAAACGAUACGACGACUGUUCAAGCACUAUAGCCGAAGACUCGCAGACCAAGUGCGAGUACAUGUUGAACUCCAUGCCUAAAAGAUUAUGUUUGGUCUGCGGCGACAUAGCAUCAGGAUAUCACUAUGGUGUGGCUUCAUGUGAGGCAUGCAAAGCCUUCUUCAAGCGCACUAUACAAGGUAACAUUGAGUACAGCUGCCCGGCGACAAAUGAAUGUGAAAUCACAAAGCGUAGACGCAAAUCUUGCCAGGCUUGCCGUUUCAUGAAAUGCCUAAAAGUAGGCAUGCUGAAAGAAGGUGUGCGCCUAGACAGGGUGCGUGGGGGACGGCAGAAGUACAAACGCAGGAUAGAUGCAGAGAACAGCCCUUACUUGAACCCUCAGCUGGUCCAACCAGCCAAAAAGCCAUUCAACAAGAUUGUCUCACACUUGCUUGUGGCUGAGCCAGAGAAGAUCUAUGCCAUGCCUGAUCCCACCGUUCCUGACAGUGACAUCAAGGCCCUUACUACACUAUGUGAUCUGGCUGAUCGAGAACUGGUGGUCAUCAUUGGAUGGGCAAAGCAUAUUCCAGGCUUCUCCACAUUAUCUUUGGCUGAUCAGAUGAGCCUCCUCCAGAGUGCUUGGAUGGAGAUUCUGAUCUUGGGGAUUGUGUACAGGUCACUGUCCUUUGAGGAUGAGCUGGUGUAUGCUGAAGACUACAUCAUGGAUGAAGACCAGUCAAAGCUCGCUGGACUUCUGGAUCUGAAUAAUGCCAUACUGCAGCUGGUAAAAAAAUACAAGAGCAUGAAGCUGGAGAAGGAAGAAUUUGUCACCCUCAAAGCUAUAGCGCUUGCUAAUUCAGAUUCGAUGCACAUAGAGGAUGUUGAGGCUGUGCAGAAGCUGCAAGAUGUCUUGCAUGAGGCCCUGCAGGACUAUGAGGCCGGGCAGCACGGGGAAGAUCCACGCCGUGCUGGUAAGCUACUGAUGACUCUCCCUCUUCUCCGGCAGACCUCCACCAAAGCUGUGCAGCAUUUCUACAACAUCAAACUGGAAGGCAAAGUUCCCAUGCACAAACUAUUCUUGGAAAUGCUCGAGGCCAAGGUCUGACUAGAGGAACCUAGGCCAUCCCAUGAAAACAUACAGAAGGGGUUAGGCCACAUCAAAGGGAAGAAACGUAGGAAUUGAAACAGACAAAAGUUAACUGUAGUGUUUAAUUGAAAAAAAAAACUGCACUGAUAUUUAGCAGUAUGACUGUGAAGCAGCUUUCAACUUCUCAUUCUUCUAAGAUUUUUUCAUGCAGAUUUUGCUGUUGAACUUUUUAAUGAGGUCUCUAAAUGAAGAGAGAGAAGGAAGCCGACCCUGCCAAAGGAUGGGAAUCCAUGCUAUGGAUGCCACUGAAUUAAUAAGAAGAAAAAUAUCCCCAUCAACAAAGGAUUCAGACUGACAACUGUUUUACCUACCAGUACAGCGCAUCGACUGAAUGCAGUAUUAGGUUCCAUAUGAACAGUCUGUGAUUAGGCUUCGGAGCAGUGUUGCAUUGGCUGCUUCUCCUCAUUGCAUUUUUUCCACCUUAGAUCAGUUACAGCCAUUUAAUUCCUUAAUUGUUUUCAAGUCUUCCAGAUAUUUCUUAGGUUAGGAACUAUGUCUAUUUCAGGGAAUAGUAAGCUUUACUCAGUCACGCAAUACUGAAAAUACUGCAUUUCUUUGCUGGCUGGAAAAAACGAUGGACAGUUAUGAAGAACAAACAAAACUUUUUUUAAAACCUUUGUUGUUGAUGUUGUUUAUGGGUUUUUUGUACCAGCUUUACCACUACAGCCAUUUUAUUAAUCUGUGAAUUUAUCUUAAGCAAUAGUGAAUGAGAAGGUGCAUACUUUUUAUGGAUGCAAUUUAUGUUGAGUGCCAGUUCAGUCAAAAUCCUCGACUUCUUUAACACAAGGUAAUACAUAGCUUGAAGAUCACUACUGAAAUUAGAUUACACCUUUAUUGAUAGAUUAGUCAAUCUGACAAUUGAAUCCAAUGCAACAAGAUUAUACACUCGCUUGUCCCAACAUACUUUGGAAAUAUGGUACUAAUGUAAAAUAAUGUACUUGACAGGCAUAUUUAUUAACCGUUCAAAACAUGACUGUUAAGGUGUAAAUUUGAUUUAGCAACUAAUCAGAAGAUUUCCUCCCCUCUAAAGGCUACAUUUGCUACAUUUUAAAAAACAAACAAAGGCGCUAACCUGUACCAAGUACUCAAAUGUCAGUAUUAGUAGCUGCUCCCUGUUGUACCAUGUGACAUCCUCUUCUGUGUACACAUAUGUAAUCAAAGAUUGUGAGCCCAACCUGAGGUCAUGUAUUGGAAACAAAAAAAAUGUUGUAGUUCCGCUUGCAAUGUUUCAUGUUUGCUGUGUUCUUCUAAUUUUAGUUGAAUUCAAAGACUGUUGUCUUGUUCUUAUUGUGGUGUUAGAUUCUUGUGAUUGUACGCAUUAGACACAGGGUAGAAUUAGAGACAGUAAUGGAUGUAAAAUUCCUCAGGAGAUAGUGUAUUCUAUUCCUUACUGGUGAUAAGAUUGCUCCUAUUAAUAAUAAGAACAAAUAGUUUAAGAAUCAGAACAAAUAUCUCUUCCGACAAUACACAUUUAAAUCAUUAAUUUAAAAAGGGAUAUUUUGUGUAACAGUUUAUUGUAGAAUAACAGUGUAUAUCUUAGAAAAGAAUUUGAAUAUUUCCAAUCAAUAGGUAAAUGUCUAAUUUUUAAAUGCUGUAAAUAUAGCUAUGUUCAAACAUCUCAAAUGGUUGUUAAACCAGCUUUGUGUCGUUACAAGUUUUUGGUGCAUACAAGUUUCCCACAAACUACUGCUACAUUGUGUGCUUUGAACAAAAAAAAAAGAAAAAGACAAAAAGGUUGGCGGUAUGCAUCAACCUUGUGCUAUAAAUACUGUGUAUCAUUAGCUGUACGAGACUAUAUAGUAGAUUGUGGUUUCUCAGUAGAGAAUUGACUGUACUGUGAUUCUAGACUUUAUUCAUCAUUAGCAGCUCGUUCAGGUGGUCAAUAACUUGAAGUUUAUAGCUGUAAUAGGGAACUAAGAAGCUGGCACGACCCUUAAAAAAAAUCCAACUCCUGGGAGUAAGGUGCUGAUUUUGAGUAAUAGGAGCUUAGCUCUGUGGAGUGCAAGGGAAGAAUUUAAGAUUUAUUUUGUUCAUGCUUGUUGUUAGAACCAGCAGCAGAGUCUCAUUUACCAGUACUCAGAGCAGAAAACUGAGAUAUUUAAAAUGGUUCUACGUUUUAAGCUGUAUCUAUUUUUUUUCUCCUUUCUUUUCUUUAUAAUUAUAUUUUUUUCUGCUUAAUUAUGGCAAUAUGAUUGUGCGACUCCUUACAGUUGCACUUGCAUUUCAAUCAGAACAAAUAUUUAUUCCACUAUUUGCAUUUUAAAAAAAAGACAAGUUUCAAAAUAAUAUGAAAAAAUUAUAAACAGCUAUUUUUCUUAUAUAGAAGAGAAUGUUGGGUGUUGGUGGUUGUAUUUAAAUUAUUUAUGCAUCUGUGUUUACCUGCCUACAAACAAUUUACGGCAGUCUUACAUGCAAAGUUUAAAAGCAGAAAAAAACGUUUUAAAAAAGCUACAAAUACCAGGAGUUGAAGUUUAAUCUGUAGUGAAAAACCAUGUCUGUAGGUCUAGACAAGCUUUGUGCUUCACAUCUGUAAACAAUCAACUGUAUAUUUUUGUGACGUGUAUCAUACUGUGUGCUCUGACAAAUGUCCAUUUGUGUAAAUGUAUUUAUUUUAUAUUGUAUAUAUUGUUAAUGCAAAAGGAGACAAUGAUUCUGUAACUUUAAUCAGUUCCAAUGUGUACUCUAAUUAUGCCUUCAGGAUGAUGGUAGAGCAAUAUUAAACACGCUUCCACUUUUACAUGC